AACCCCCAAAAAAAGAAAAAAUGUCACCCCAUUUUUCCCGAAAUGUAUUAGAACAAAAAAGGGCCCCCGGGGGGGAGGGAGGCGUGCGGCUUUCUGAGACGGCACGCCAAAUGCAUUUGGUUCCAGCAGUUAUAGAGAGAGAGAGAUCAGAACUGAGGAGGAAGCAGUAGUACAGGAGAAAGAUAAUUCUCACUUUGAAGCUCGUUCGAUUUGUUCAAUCCUUCAGGAACCCUCGCAUAUUUGAUACCGUACCUGAGUGCCGACAUGGCGUGUCAUUUCGGGGCAACGACCUAACCCACCCUUCCCUACUUUUUGUUACACUCGGGUGUUACAAGUGUAACACGUUGCUUGUAGGGGACACCCCAGCAAAUAUUCGUGAUCUUGGCUAUCUAUUCCCAAGCCACUCUUCAAAACAUCUCAUUUUUUCCAUGAUAGCGCUUCAUGGGAAAGCGGAAGCUUCGCAAUCAACAGCCGACAUGCAUUGAUCUUGUUUCUCCGACUUCAGAGUUUUGUGGAGAUCAAAUUUCAAAACAUCGCUCAUGUUGGUUACACAUGGCUGCAUACAUGCAUGCUCGUCAAAAGGGAGUAACUAAAGAAGAAUCGGAAGAGAUAAGGAGAUUUGAACUAACAUCCCCUUGUUUUUUACAUACCUUCCCUCAACGUGAACGAUCAAGGAGGAGGAUUCACUGCAGGAAUACGAUAUCUAAACAAAACAAGAAGCUUAAUACGAAUACUUUUGAUGACUACUUAGAGAAAAUGUGGAGGAGCUUCUCUGAGGAUAAGAGGACUUCCUUUACGUGCCUUGAUAGCUUAUGGUUUCACUUGUACCUGAAAAAAGCAGCUUCCAGACCAAAGGUGUUGUCAUGGAUUAAGAAGAAACAAAUUUUCUCAAAGAAAUAUGUUUUUGUUCCCAUCGUUUGCUGGAGUCACUGGAGUCUUCUGAUCUUGUGCCACUUUGGUGAAAGUAUGCUGUCAAAAACCAAAACACCAUGCAUGUUGUUGCUAGACUCACUUGAGAUGGCAAAUCCAAGGAGGCUUGAACCCAUAAUAAGAAAAUUUGUACUGGAUGUAUACAAAGCAGAGGGCAGACCAGAGAAUAAAGGACAAAUUUCUCAAAUUCCUUUCUUGGUGCCUCAGGUGCCACAACAGAGAGAUAACAAGGAGUGUGGGAGUUUCGUUCUUUACUACAUAUAUCUGUUCGUGGAGGGAGCACCUGAAAAAUUUAGCAUUUCUAAUGGUUACCCAUAUUUUAUGAAACAAAACUGGUUUAGCCUUGAAGGCUUAGAGCACUUCUGCAAUGAACUCUCUUCCUCUGAAAAGUAGAGCUCACAGGUUUAAGUUCAAGACUAUACAUGCAUAGAUGCAUUUUUUGUAUAGCAAAUUGUAGUCAUUGAGGCGGAUUUUAUACCUUAUGAAAUUACGAAGAUGAAGAUGUUAGGAUGUAGUAAACUUAAGCCAUAAUCACAAAAAUAUAGGGUUCAAGCUUCAUUCUUUUGAGCAACGGGAGGUGUUUUGAGAGGUAUAGGGUUAAAACAUUUGUAAUGUGGCUCCUCUGCGUAUUUGUUUAAAGGGGAAAGUUUUUUGAGUUUU